ACAUAUCCGAUUUGGUCGACACCAGUUGUCGCGCACCACUCCUUUUUACUUUGCUUCUGACGGUCUGGAACCAUCUUCUCUCUCAAACCAACUCUCGAAUCCUGCGGAGCCUUAGGCGCUCUCCGAAUCCCCUUCGACCGGCCUCCACAAACGCCCAGCAUGUUGAUGAACGCAGCCCUGGCGGCCCUGUUGGGCCUGGCGAUGGUUACUGAUGCGGCGACCUUGCACCAGUACAGGUCCCCCAGCGCCCUUGCGCGGCGGCAGAACAACCAAUUUCGCGGCGGUUUUGGCAACGGCUUUGGCGGCAAUUUCGGCGGCAACAACCGCCAGAACAAUGGCCAGAACAACGGCCAGAACAACGGCCAGAACAACGGCCAGAACAACGGCCAGAACAAUGGCCAGAACAAUGGCCAGAACAACGGCGGCAACAACAACAACGGUAGCAACAACAACAACGGCAACAACAACAAUGGUGCCACUGCCACUUGCCUGGCAGCCAACGCACUUCAAACCGGCUCGCAGUCUACCGGCCAGAACGGCGGGAAUGUCGAGCCGGGCCAGGUGGAAUCGGCUACCGACGAUGCCAACUUCAUCAACUUCUGUGCCGGCCAGACCCUGACCAAUGGCCAGCAGAACCGCGCUGGUUCUUGCAACGGUAUCCCAAUGGGCAAGAUUCCGGCCGCAAAUAAGAUGGUCUCGACGGUGAUUCUUAACCCCAAGAAUGGCGACGACCUCCCUGAGCUCCAGACUUUCAACAUUCAGGUCAAGAUCGCCAACAUGGCUCUCGGUUCCUUCACCAACGCCCAGACCACUUAUUAUUCGGCUCCGCAGGACCUGAAUGGACAGGGCUUGGUCAUCGGCCAUACUCACGUCACGGUCCAGGAUACUGGCAACACCUUGAACCCCACCCAACCUCUCGAUGCCUCCCAGUUUGCCUUCUUCAAGGGCAUCAACGAUGACGGGGAUGGUCAGGGCACUUUGUCUGCCGAGGUGACGGGCGGCCUUCCAGCGGGCUGUUACCGUGUCUGCACCAUGGCCGGCGCCUCCAAUCAUCAACCUGUUCUGAUGCCUGUUGCUCAACGUGGCUCGCAAGAGGACUGCCGCUACUUCAGCGUGGGCGGUGCCUGCGGAAAUGGUGGUAACAACAACGGCGGCAACAACAACAACAACGGCGGAAACAACGGCGGCAACAACAACAAUGCCGGCAACAACAACAACAAUGCCGGCAACAACAACAACAAUGCCGGCAACAACAACAACGCCGGCAACAACAACGCCGGCAACAACGGCGGCAACAACAACAACGGCGGUAACCGCGGCCAGGGUCGGAACAACAAUGGUCGGAACGUGGCUGCUGGCGGGAGCGCCAUUGCCGGUAUCGAGGCUCCAGCGAUUGAGAACACCAACGAUCCUCAGCGCCCAUUCAGUGUCAACGGCAACACAUUUGCCACGAGGGAUGCCGCCGUUCAACGGGCUUGUGCCAUUCAGAACAACGCCUGCGCCGACGCUGUCAACGGAGGGAAAGCGCCGGGUGUGACCGUUGCACAGUGCAAUGAACAAGAAGCCGCAUGCCGUGCUGCCGGGGGCGCCUAAGCCUGUCCAAGUCGCCUAGUGCCAUACCGACCUUUACGGCGCCACUCUGUGACUUGGGAGCCGAUCGACCAUCUCCCCUGUCAUGUCCGGGUACGGGAAGUGCCAGUCCUUGAACCAGAAGGCUGGGUGUACUUGGCCCCCCCUCCCCUCCCCGGGGGGUUCCGAAGUUGCCUUCGGGGCCAUAGGGCUGGCGCGUGUGGGCUGUAACUGUGAGGAAUGGUGUACCACGGAACCUUUUAAUUUCUACGGCGGACGGAAGGUGACGCUCCAGUACUCAAUUUGUGGUUAGAGGUGUUGG